AUGUGGACAGAUAGAAUGCCUCCAGAGAGAGAAAGGGAGGAGAAAGGGCAAGAUGGAACCCCAGGGACUUGGUUUAAAAUCACAGUUCCAUUUGGCAUAAAGUAUGACGAGAAGUGGCUGUUGAAUUUGAUUCAGAAGAAAUGCAGUGUCCCCUUCACCCUGGUCAAAUUUCACUAUGAGAAAAUGCAGGCCCAGUUCUUCGUUGACAAUGCCAACAUUGCCUUUGCAUUGAAGAAUAUCAAUGGCAAGAUUUGGGAUAAGAAUAAUGAAAGGAUAUCUAUCUUUGUCAGCCCCUCUGAUGCUCCCUGCUCUGUGCAGAAGGAGCUGAAGUCAGAAAAGGUGAAGCAGAUAAAGUUACUGACCAUGAACAAACUAUAUGAUGUCUCCCAGCAGUCUCUUGACAUCCACAAACUCCGCUUUGACCCUGACUUGAUGACCCUUGGUGUGGAAAUGGUACCGAAUCCUAGAAAUGACACAGUUGCCUCCCUGCAGGUCCAUGGAGAGAACAUGCCCAAGGUGAAGUCUGCAGGGAAGUUGGACAAGGGUAAAGGGCUGAAGCCAGAAGAGAUGAGCACAGACAGAAACUCCCUGUGCACCACCUUCCCAGAUAAGUCAACCAACAUAAGCUCCAUCCUGGAAUUGUUCCCCAAGUUUUUAAGCUUGGAUGGCCAGGAGUCACGCCCACCAACUAACUUUGGUAUUGAAGCCCACAAGAGGCUACCAACCUGCAAGGGAAGCUUCUUUGAAUCUGAUGCGCUGAAGAGUCUAGUCCUGCAAUUCCUGUGGCGAUAUUACCUGACCUAUGACUCUGGAGACCGACAGGGUCUUCUCGGUGCUUACCUUGACAAGGCCUGCUUUUCCCUGAGCGUCCCUUUCAACCCCAAGGACCCAGCUCCAAGCAUCUUGUGCGAGUACGUCAGGGAUAACAGGAAUAUAAAGAAACUCAAGGACCCCUACCUGUGGGUUCACCUGUUGAAGAGUACAAAACAUGACAUCGUGCACUCUCUCUGUGUGUUGCCCACAACUCAGCAUGACUUCAGCUCCUUCGUGGUGGACCAGUGGCUCCAAACGGAAAGGGUGCUGUGCUUCUCUGUCAACGAGGUGUUCAAGGAAGUCGUGAGAAAGUCAAAAGGUUCUGUUCGUGCCUUUACAUGGACCUUCAUCACUAUCCUUGCCAGCAAUUCCAGCCAUGAGCCAAAAAGACCAGGACUAAAGGUCUUGUCUCCGCCUUCAUCCCUGGCAGUCUCUAGCAUUUAUAUCAGCACUCCACAGUGUUUGAAAAUUAUAGAGGAGGGACUCAAUUCCUGGACUACCCUAAAAUCCAGACUUUGCUCCCUGCGUCCUGAUUAUCUUCUCUCCACCACUUCACAGUAA